AGCUUCUUUAGCUGGCCAAAUGAUGUUUUCACAGCUCUGUAAACACUACCCAGACGUAGUAGCAACUGCGCCCAGUUUACUGUCAGUAUUACAGGAGCUGUGCAGAUAUUUUUGCGCUGGCACACUUUGCCUCCAAAUGUCGCACCGGUCCGACGGACUGUGAUUGGUCGCGUUUCGAUGGAGACCCUGUCAAAAACAGCCGCUGCUGAUGCUACGCGGGAGAAGGAGCCGCGUCCACCACCACCCAGUGGCAUAGUGUCUGACAGCCUGUCACUGCCGUCUUAUGAAGAAUAUCCUGCUCACCGUCCCUUCAUCAACACCCUCAUGCAUCACACACCCCAAGCAGGGAGCACACAUCACACUAGUCGUCUGUCAUCAUCACCUAGCAAGGCGUUCCCCGAGACCAGCAGCGCAGCAAUCUUAUCCGCCCUGAGGAACCUCCAGGAGAAGAUCAGGAGGUUGGAGCUGGAGAAAGAAUCUGCAGAGCUCAGUCUGUAUGCUAUGGGCAAAGACACAUCACACACCCAGCUGCAGAGUGAGAAAAUCACACACAGAGUCUCAGACACCCAGAGAGACAUAGGGAGAGAAACAAAUGGCAUCUCCAACUGCAACCAAGUGCUGAUCACCCAGCUAGCUGCAGCAGAGGCUCGUUGUGCACAGCUGGAAAGACAGCUGGACCUCAUGAGGAGGAUGGUUCGCCACGCCAAAGCAGACAGGACUAGCCUGCUCAAACAGCAGAUGUCAAUGGAGACAACCAGGUCAGCUGACCAGAAUCUUAAUGCUGUGUCUGAGCAUGCUCAAUUGGAGAAGCUGGAGCGACUGGAGCAGGAGUAUCUCAGACUGACACACACACAGAACAAUGCUGAGUUGAAGAUUCGUGAGUUGGAGAUGAAACUACAGGAGGAGGAGCACCAGAGAAAACUAGUCCAAGAUAAAGCUAACCAGUUACAGACAGGUUUGGAGGCCAAUAGGAUCCUGCUGCGCUCAGUGUCACCCCACCAAUCCAGGAAAUGGUCCAAAGUGAAGAGGUCCACUUCAAAGAAAUCAUUACCCCAGCAGUCUUCCCACACGCAGCCACACUACAGACUGAGCCUCGGAGAUGUGCCUUUUGUAGCUGGAACGGUAUCAGUAGGCGAAAGCCACUCAGUCAGAGCCAACGUCCAGUCAGUUCUGUCUCUCCUGAAGCAACACCAGCCCCACCUCUGUAACAGCCGUGUCCUCUCUCACAAUCCAAGAAGCUCUGAGGCAGCUAAUCACAUCUGCUCAAACAGUUCGUCUUCCUCCUCUUCCACCAGUGGGGACGAGCUGUCAGAGCUACUGCAAGCACUGCAGGAGGAGCUCCGACUCAUGAGCCUGGAGCAGGAUGAGUUGAUGAGACAGGUGGAGGCAAGUGUGUCUGAACAGGAGAGAAAAGAACUUCAGAGGGACCAAGAGAGCCUGCUGCUGAAAAUGGAGAGGAAAGGAGAGCAAAUUAGCAAGCUGUACAAGCACAAAACACAGAUGAAGAAGUUUCAGAGGGAAGCCAGUAGUAAUCGCAGGCGGAGCAGUAGGAACGAGGUGAGAGUGACUACCACAGUGACCACUAGAGGGCGCUCUGCUGCAGCAGUUAAACUUAAACCAGGCGAGUGCAGCAGGAGGAAUCUGAGGCUGCUGAGGGACAUGAAAGCUUUGCAGACCUCAUUACGGACCUGAAAGUCAACAGGAUAACUUUGGCACUGAAAAUUUGCUCAGCCUUGUUGAUGCUGCAUGUCGGGUGAAAAGGUUUUCAAAGACUCUGAAUCUCUUUUAGAGUUCUGUAUCAACCUCAGUUCAUCAUUGCACAGUAAUAACUGGCAGGUGACAUAAACCUGGCAGACCAGCCUACCUAAAGCUACUAAAACUGUUGCAGUAAGUUAUAUAAGAAAUUACAUUGUUAUGGCCUCGGUCCCUUUUAUAAAAGGUCAAUAACAGAAGUUAUUUUUACCAUGAGUACUGCUACAUAUCCAAAAGACUACAUUUUGGACCAGACCCUGUAACUGAGUGCUGUCGACCAGGGUGCCUUUUGGCAACAUAUGUUCAAAUUGUUUUUGGAUUUGUCACCUUCAUUUCAAAUGAACACACAGGUUAAUGGUAGAACAAAGAAACAGGGGGUAGUAGAUGACAAGUGAUUUUCUGUUUACAAACAUUAGUAAAAGAUUUAUUAUAGUGGUGCAUGAUGUCCCAUGAGUUUAGUUCCCUUCUUUGCCGUUUAAGUGUUGUACCAGCAGAGGGCAUGAGACGCUUACCAGCUCAUGGUUUAGCCUUUUAUGCCAUGAUCAAGGAUCCCAUGUGUGGUAGACCAGCUGGAAAAGUUCAGACAAGUUUUUGAGUUAUGGAAAAUAAAUUGACAUGGAAAAACCUUGAUGUGUUCUAGAAUAUUAAAUGAUGACAGUUGCAUUUCUGCACAAAGGAACAUUUUUUGAGGAUAGUUUGUAAAAGACUAAAAUAUCUUGGUGCUAAAGUCCUGUGGACCACUUGAUGACAAUAGGUUUCUAAAUUGCUGACCAGGCAUAAUAUGAAUUAACAUGUUUUGUAGUACCUCCAUAUUUUUAUAGAAGAUGAUGUCACCACGUGUAAAUUGCAGUGACAAGAUGUUUUGAGAUAUCCUUCAGCGAUUUCAUUAAUAAUCAUUUGUUAUAGACAACAGAAAAAAAUUUGUGGGGAAAACAUCAAAUUCCUACUGACACAUCAUAUAAAAGACACUUGUAAUACAUGUGUGUAUGUGUGUGGCUUUUGCACUAAUGCAACAAAGUUUGAGGAAAUGGGUUUGUGUAGGUUUUUGACAAUCAUGAGCAGUUUGUAUUUGAUUGAUAUGCGCCCCCCCCCCCCCCCCCCCCCUUCCCCCC